AUGAAGGCUGCUAUUGCUACUCUGGCCGUUGCCCUCGGGGCCUCCUCUGCCCUGGCAGGAUCCGUCACCCCCGUCACCGUGAAGGGAAACGCUUUCUUCAAGGGAGACGAGCGUUUCUACAUUCGUGGCCUUGACUACCAGCCAGGUGGCUCCUCCAAAGUUGUUGAUCCCAUCGCCGAAAUCGAUCUCUGCAAGCGAGAUCUCGAGAACUUCAAGGAUCUCGGCGUGAACACUAUCCGCGUCUACCACGUCGACAACACCAAGAACCAUGACGAGUGCAUGAAGCUGCUGGCCGACGCUGGCAUCUACCUCGUCCUCGACGUCAACACCCCCAAGUACUCCAUCAACCGAGAGGAUCCUGCCAUCUCUUACAAUGCCGUCUACCUCCAGAGCGUCUUCGCCACGGUUCAGAUGUUCGCCAAGUACGACAACACCCUGGCCUUCUUCUCCGGAAACGAGGUCAUCAAUGACGACAAAACCUCCGAGGUUGCCCCCUGGGUCAAGGCUACCACCCGUGAUAUCCGCAACUUCCUCAAGACGCGCAAAUUGAGACAGGUUCCAGUCGGUUACUCUGCUAUUACUAACCGCUGCAAGGCUGAUAUCGAUACCAACCGUAUGGAGGCUGCCCAAUACAUGAACUGCGGUUCCGACGAGGAGCGAAGUGACUUCUUCGCCUUCAACGAUUACUCCUGGUGCUCCCCCUCUUCCUUUGAGAUCUCUGGCUGGGACCAAAAGGUCAAGAACUUCACCGACUACGGCAUUCCCAUCUUCCUUUCCGAGUACGGCUGCAACUUGAAAAAGCGUGACUUCAGCGAGGUCAAGUCCCUCUACUCCACCGAGAUGACCGGCGUCUACUCCGGUGGUCUCGUCUACGAAUACUCCCAGGAACCCAGCAACUACGGAUUGGUCGAGAUCAAGGACGGAAGCAACUCUAAGCCAACCAAGCUUCCCGACUACAACGCUCUCAAGACCGCUUUCUCCAACGUCAAGAACCCAUCCGGUGACGGCGGCUACAACAAGAAUAGCGCUGCCAGCAAGUGUCCUGCCAAGAAUGCCCCUAGCUGGAACGUCGACGGCGAGGCUAAGCUCCCAACCUUCCCAGCCGAUGCUCAGAAGUACAUGGACAAAGGUGCCGGCGAUGGCCCCGGUCUCGACGGCCCUGGCAGCCAGUCCUCCGGCUCCAAGGCUUCCGGCCCUGACACCAGCGGUAACGGCAAGGGCGGCUCCCCAACCAGCACCCACUCUGCCGCCGCUCCUGGUUUCCGUGCCCCUGAAUUCGCCGUUGCCCCAUUGAUUGCCCUUGUCACUGUUGGCCUGUCCGCCCUCUUCGGAGCAUCCAUGAUCAUGAUCUAG